GAUAAAUGUUCCUUCUUAAACAAGAAAAAGGUGUUAUAAAUAGCACAUGUAUUAUUGGUUACCCAAAAACAAUAAAAAAAAAAUACAAUUAAAAAUAAUAAUAAUGAUACGAAAUAAUAAUAACAAUGACGCUGAUUUGUCAUCAAACAUUUAUUUCGAGGAUCACCACAUUUGAGCUACGAGGGAGCAAGGCACGAAAUUUUAGAUGAGGAGAUCGAGAGAGAAGGCACGAAAUGUCACUUUCUUAUAUCAGCCGUUAUUUUUAAGUGGGUCGUUUUUUUUUUAAGCAUUUUUGAGUAUUUUUUAUUAUAUUUCUCUCCGGCCUUCACAUGGUACUCUGUUUGACCCCAUCUUUUUAAAAAUGAGAUAUUAUAUUUAUAUGGUUAGAUUCGUUUCAAUACAUAUUUUUCAUUUAAUAAAUUUAAAAGAUAUUUGUGCAUCGGCCAUUAUAAAAGUUUCGUCUAUGAUACGUAAGUGAUGAGUAUAAAAACCCGUAUUGCAUAUAACAUUCGCUUCUAACCCUGUAUCGAAAAAGUAAAAAUCAAAUGGCCUCAAACACAGCCAACAAUGUGGAUCCAAUGAACCCAUUUUGGAGCUUGGGAGCAGCUGAAGAAGACGAAGGAUUUUGCUUAGCUGCGUCCCUUGUCACUGCAAGUAUCACCUUUGGUGUAUUCAAAGCUGUGAAAGACCUCAAAGUUUUUGAGGUCAUAAAAAAAAGUGGGCCUAAUGCACCUUUAACAGCGGCCGAGAUAGUGGCCAAGUUGCCUACCGAGAACCCGGGGGCUGCGGCCGCUGCCCUUGGCCGUAUGCUCGACUUGUUAGUAGGCCAAUCUGUGCUCACUGCCACUUUUGUCACCCUCCCUGAUGGUACAGGCCAAAGGUGUUAUGGACUAGCGCCUGCUUGCAAAUUCUUGACUCCUGAUGAGGAUGGCAUUUCCUUGGCUCCUAAAGUUUCUAUGUACAAGGCUAUGAUCGAGAGCUCGCUCUUCUUAAAGGAUGCGGUGGUUGAAGGCGUAGAACCAUUCACAAAAGCUCAUGGGAUGAGUUAUUACGAGUAUUUUGGGGAGAAGGCCGAGCGUCGUGAGGAGUUUCAUGAAGGAAUGGCAAGCCACUCUAUCCUUAUCAUGCGCAAAAUCUUGAGGACUUAUAAAGGAUUUGAGGGUAUUUCUAUGCUGGUCGAUGUUGGUGGUGGUAAUGGUGCUACCCUCUCUAUGAUCCUUUCACAGUACCCUAAUAUUAAGGGCAUUAACUUUGAUCAGCUUCCUGUUGUAGCUAAUGCUCCACCAUAUCCUGGUGUGGAACAUGUUGGAGGAAACAUAUUUGUCAACAUCCCCAAAGGGGACGCCAUAUUCCUAAAGUGGAUUUGUCAUUGUUUUAAAGAUGAGGCAUGCAUUAUGAUCCUGAAGAAUUGCUACGAUGCCCUUCCAGAGGACCACGGUAAGGUAAUAAUAUGCGAAGGUCUUCGUCCAGAUCCACAAGAAAUUACGACUAGUGUAGAAGCCAAUUCAAUCCUUCAACUCGAUAUGGUCAUGAUGGCUACAACUGGGGGCAAAGAAAGGACUGAGAAGGAGUUCGAGGCGUUAGCGUUUGCAGCCGGUUUUCAAGGCUUCCAAGUUGCAUGCUCUGCCUACAAUGCUAAGGUCAUGGAGUUGCUCAAGAAUAACUAGGCUAACUUCAUGUUACAAGGACAAAAUAAGGCCGGCCAAUUAAAAAAUUGUCAUUGGUAGAGGGUUACUCAAUAAUAACUAGGCUAACUUCAUGUUACAAUGUGGAAAGCUCUAAAUAGAGGGACACAACAUAGCAAAGUGAAAGUUAGAGGGUUACUAUAUAGAAAAACACAAUAAUUAAUAUACUGGCAUUCAAG